AUGGCAUCGUUAAGGCUAAUGCAAGCUUUUACGCUUGUUUAUAUAUUCACGAUCCUUCAUGUACUUGUCCUCGGCCAAGGUAAUCCAUGCGACUCUAAUCCAUGUGUUCAUGGAGCGUGCCAACAAUCCGGUAAUAGCUUUCAAUGUUCCUGCAAUAAGAAUUACACCGGUUUGCUAUGCGAAAUAGACCCCUGCCAACAAUAUACAGAGUUAAAUGAACCCGAUCGCUCUAUCCACACAGAAAGAAAUGUCAUCGUUAAAUGCGAUCUAUUAGUCGUUAGAAACGAAUGGUAUCGCUUUACUGGAGGAGAAAAUAGUGCAAUGUUGGCUAGCAAUUACGUCGAACAUGGCAGAUGUGCUUCGCUUUCCUCGGGUUGGCUACAAGAUAUGCAUCCAACAGGUCCGCAAGGAAUCAUUGCGCGAAAAGUCUGUUACUCCUUCAUUAAUGAAAAAUGUAAAUGGUCCAGCAAUAUUCAAAUUAGAAAUUGCGGCACAUUCUUCACUUAUAAACUGCCUGCACCUCCUUUAUGUUCUUUAAGAUAUUGUACAGAACGAUUUUCUUUUUGCCAACCUAAUCCAUGUCUUUAUGGCACUUGCAACUCAGGAAAGGAUAGCUACAAUUGUAUCUGUAAUAAUAAUUAUCAUGGCAAGAACUGUGAUCAAAGUUACUGCCAGCCCAAUCCUUGUGAAAAUCAAGGUCAAUGUAAAUCAAACGAAAGCGGUUAUAAUUGCACAUGCCCUACAACAUACUACGGAAAAACUUGCAGCCAACAGUAUUGCCAACCUAGUCCAUGCGUUCAAGGCACUUGCAAUGCUUUUAAGGACGGCUAUAAUUGUUCAUGUACUGGAGAUUAUCAAGGAAAACAUUGCGAUAUAAGCGGAUUCAAAUGUACUUGUAUUCCUGGAUAUACUGGACAAAAAUGCGAUGCUGUAACCCCUAGAGCUAUAAUUAGCCCAUCAAGCAACACAACUAUUGCAGCUGGUGUUAAUAUCACCUAUAGCUGUGCAGCUGCAACUAUUCCUGCAACUGCAAUUGUAUGGAGUAGAGUUGGUCAAAGUUCUUUACCAUCUAAUGCUGUCGUUAGCACAGUUGGUGUUAAUAGCGUUCUAACUCUAAUUAAUGCCAGUAGUGUCGACAAUGGUCGAUAUCAAUGUGAAAUCUUUAUAAAAGACGGGAAUGCUUCCUCCUCUAUUCAUAUUUUCGUUGUUGACCCCCCUGUACCGAGAGUAUUGCCAUCGGCUUUAACUCUUUUACGCGGAGGUACCGCAAGAUUUACGUGCGAUCCAGGAACUUCAGUUUAUUCUAGUGUAAGCUGGUCAAGCACUACUGGUUCUUUUCCAGCUAAUCGUCAUACCAUCAAUGGAACACAAUUAACAAUUAGCAAACUUGAAAAUAUCGAUAGAAGUAUAACUUGCUCCGUUAGCAAUCUUGCUGCUACUGCCAGCGGUGUAUCUUAUCUAACCGUACAAGAACUACCUAGAGCAAAGCUGAAUCCCAAUUCAUCCUUGGUUAUAUACAAAGUGGAUGAAAAUGUUGGUGUUCAUCUUUGUCUAGCGGAUGGAGAUCCGGUAGUAGUUAGUCCUCGAUGGACUCGCUCUGAUGGUGUUUCUCUUACUUUUGCUGAUACCUUAGCUAAUCGUUUAACUCUCCGUCGAAUUACUGCAGCUAAGCAGGCUACGUAUAUCUGCACAGGAACUUCUAGCAUUGGUUCAUCAACAACAACGUUAGACGUUCAAGUAGCAUCCCAAGCAUAUGUCAGGCGUUUUGCUAAUUCACCGGGAUCUACUGUCUCUUACCAAGCUUUCUCUACAAAAAAUUCAGUUAAUGAAACGUCAUCCAGCACUCAUUAUUUAAAUAUCCGUCUGAAACUCGAUUCACUCAAUGAUAGCUUAAUCUUUUUCCAAGGCAAUGGCUUCGAAGAUCAUACACCUGACACGAUAAAUUUCUUAGCCUUAGCCCUUACUGACCAACAUCUCGGUUUUAUGUAUUCUAGUGGACCAGAUGUCGCUAAUAAUCCAGGUAUCAUUGGUUGGAUCAUAAUUCCAGAUACUAUGAAAACAAAUACAUGGUAUUCAAUCGCAGCUACCUAUGAGUAUGGCAAUGCAACAAUACAGAUUAAUGAUGGACCAGUCUAUCGCAAUUACAGCCGAGAGAGUGGUCGAUCAACUGUAAUUACCCUAACUGACUGGUUGUAUAUUGGAAGUUUAAAUAAUAUGAAUUCAAAUCCUAUUCCUAACAUCACUGUUGGCUUCUCCGGUUGUAUAUCUUAUCUUUCUGUUGACAAUCAUACCUAUGAUUUAUCCAAUAAUAAACUUGAAGAGAGUAACACAUUGGCUUGUGGCGAUCCUUGCCAAUUGAAUAAAUGUCAAAAUCAAGCAACGUGCAAAAGCCAUCCUACAGAUAAUAAAUAUUACUAUUGCGAUUGUCAAUCGGGAUAUUACGAUUACCUAUGCAGCAGUAGCUUUGCUUCGUUAGCUGAUCCUUGCUACAGUGCGCCAUGCAGAAAUGGCGGUACUUGUGUAAGUACGGGUGGUAGUAACUAUAUCUGCCAAUGUGCUUUACCUUAUUCAGGAAUAACAAACUGUGAUUCAACUAUAUCUCUCCAAGCUGACGAUGCUGCUAAUUUUGAUCGAUAUGGAUAUCUUCGCUACAGCAUCAAUUCAGUUAAUAAUCAACAAGAUAUACAAUUCCAAUUUAAAACAACAGAAGCAAAUACUUUGCUUUACUGGCAAGGCGAUAUUAAUUUUAAUGCCAACCAAUACAUGUAUAUAAGGUUAAGCAGCGGUGUCGUGCAGUUAAGAUUCAACUUAGGUAGUGGCGAGGCAGUCCUAAAUACAGCAGCUACUGUUAAUGACAACCAAAAGCACACUGUUCAUGUUAUGAGGAGCGGUAGACAAGGCUAUCUAGCAGUUGAUGGAGUGAUUGCAACUGGCCUUGAUGAAGCACCUGGUCAAAAUGAAUCUUUGGCAGAUUUCUCAAAUGUUUAUUUUGGUGGUGCAGAGAAUAUUGCCUUUAAAACUGGAAAUCGAUUCUCUGUUGGAAUGAUUGGAUGUAUUGGUAAUAUCAAAAUUUUCAAUACUCCAUUAUCAAUUUCCGAUAGCGUAACAGCCGUUGGGGUUACCAAGUGUAAUGGAUUUUAA